CGUGAUCUCGCGGUGAGUUAUUAAACUAUUUACAAACAUUACCUUUUACUGAUCAUGUAGCAGUCCUACUUAUAAUCUAACUUAAAUUUGUUUUUUUUGUCAAUGAACCUUCAAAACAACUUAUGUAACUAUUCGAAAUGAAUCUUUUUCUUAACAAGUACACAUUUCCUCGAUAAAAAAAUGUUAUACUUUGUGUAAAUAUUAAUAGCUAAUUUACUUUUCUUUAUGACUGUCUGUAUCUUAUAUCUUUAAAUACAAAUCAUUUCAAUCAAGUCACAUUUAUAUCUAUUUUCGUGUAUUAAAUACGCUUCAGUCGAAUGUAACAAGCAAGAUGUAUUUUUCUGUUUUGAUAAUAUAAUGAACUACUUUUGUAACUUGUGCAAAUGAUAUAUUUUAAUAAUGCUUACCAUACAAUUUGGGCAAUGUGGAAAUCAACUAGGACAUACAUUAUUCUCAGAAGUAUCAUCUGAUUUGGAAUGUACAAAUACAGGUGUAUCAUAUAAGGCUAAUUAUCAAUAUUCAGAAGACACAUUUAAUAAAUGGUUUAAUGGUAUAUCUAAAAGUAAUGAACGUUUGGCAAGAGCAGUUCUUGUUGAUACUGAGCAAAAAGUAAUAAGUAAGAUUUAUAACGAUAAAAGUAAUUCAUGGACAUAUUCAACAACGAAUGUAAUUUGUCAAGCUGGCGGAGGUUGUGCAAAUAAUUGGGCAUUUGGUUAUAUGAUAAAAGGAUAUGAAUUAAGCAAUGUGAUAUUAAAUUGUGUCAGACAAGAAAUUGAAAAAUUAGAUCAUUUUGAUGGAUUUCUUUUGUUACUAAGUUCUGCAGGUGGAACAGGAUCUGGCAUUGGAAGUUAUAUUACAGAACUAUUGCGUAAAGAAUAUGGUAAAAAAUCUAUUGUUAACACAACAAUAUUACCAUUUUCAUUUGGAGAAGUAUGUACACAAAAUUAUAAUACAUUAUUGACUUUAGCAAAACUUUACAGUGAAAGUGAUAUCAAUAUUUUAAUUGAGAAUGAACAGAUAUAUAAUAUAUGUACCAAUUUAUUGAAGAAAUCACCUACAAAUUUACAAGAUAUGAAUGAGGUUAUUUCAGAAAAGCUACUAGCUGUAUUUCAACCAGUAGAUUGUAUAAACCAUAACAUAAAUUCAUUGUUAUCACAGAUAGCAUGUCACCCUUCAUAUAAAAUAGCAACAAUCAAGAGUAGCCCACAUAUACCUGCAGCAUUCGCAAACUAUGAACCUGUGUAUAAUUGGAAUUCAUAUAUACAUCAUUUAAAGCAAACGCUUAGAAUAUCAAACUUCAAUUCACAGUUAACUAAUGUUGAAUUAAAAAUACCAUCUAAUUCAUUAAGCAACACCACACAUCAUACAUAUGCUUGCUCAAUAUCAAACGUUUUGAUAACUCGUGGAAUAGCAUCAGAACAAGAUCCUAUAGUAACAGACAUAUUUAAAGAAAAACAUUUAUAUGCAGACUGGAAUACAAUUAAUUGGUUCACUCAUUUGCAUCAAAACCGAAAAUUCUUAAACCAUGAUAAAUUUCUUGCAUUGAUAACCAAUAAUUUCCAAAUUUCUUAUUCUUUGGAUAUACUUUUAAACAAAGCUUGGAAGUCUUAUGUUCAUUCUGCAUUUUUACAUCAAUAUAAACAAUUUGGUUUAGAAGAAGAUGAUUUUUUACAAGCAUUCGCAGUGCUUGAAAAUGUUGUAAAAGAUUAUAAAGAAUUGGUUCCUCAUGCAAAGCAAUAAUAAAUCAUAAUUAGUUUUCAUAAUUGAAAUGUAAUAAAUAAAAAGUUAAUUAUAAACUUUUUACAACAUUGUUUGUUUACAUAAAUUUUUACUUGUAUCACAAAAGCAAGCUGUUUUUCGUGACGAAUUCAAAUAUUGUGUACGUAGGAAUCAAAAACACGUAUGGAAGGGUAACUAUGACGUCACAAGAAAAUCGACCAACUUGCGACGUUGUAUAUUGCAUAUUAUGUAGGUAUAAUAGAUAUCUACGUCUAAAAUGCAACGAUGACAAAGACAAAACAAGAAAUGUAGUAAAAAAAGAUAAAAAGAAAUUUAACAUAGAGAAGACGAGACGUAUUUAACAAAUCGAGAAUGGUUUUCAGUUUAACUUGGAGAGAGUGGGAGAAAGUAAAUGAGAAAACGAGCAUCUUUGUACUACACAUCCCUUUUAUAAUGUGGGAGUUAGGAAUAAGUAGGAAGGUAUAUUCUGCGCUUGUGCGAAGGGGCGGCUGAAUCCAAAUGAUGCAGAACGAAAAAGUUCUGACCAUUUCCAAGAAACAACGAAAAUAUUUCCAAGAACCGUAGUCAUCUAUUUCCCCUCUUCUGUUUAUCCAGGGAGAAUCGAAAGAAUAAAUUUAUUGAGAACGGUAUUAUAUGGUACAGCAUCACUGUAAAAAUAUAAUGAAACUUUGAAUUUUA